GUCUUGGCCUCUUAGGAGGAAGAGAGAGCAGGCCCGGCCAGGUGAGAGGACCUUCUGUCGACAGUGUAAAUGAGGACACUGCUGGCCCAUGUCUGGCAGGGAUGUAGACAGCAGCCUCAGACGCGAUGGGCACUCCUGGCACCAUGGAUGAUGCUGCUGUCCUCAAGCGAAGAGGCUACAUCAUGGGGAUAAAUUUGGGAGAGGGCUCAUAUGCCAAAGUUAAAUCCGCUUACUCUGAGCGCCUAAAGUUCAAUGUGGCAGUCAAAAUUAUCGAUCGCAAGAAAGGCCCCACAGACUUCCUGGAGAAAUUUCUUCCCCGUGAGAUUGAGAUCCUGGCCAUGCUAAACCACCGCUCUAUUGUCAAGACCUACGAGAUCUUUGAGACAUCAGAUGGCAAGGUCUACAUUGUCAUGGAGCUUGGGGUCCAGGGUGACCUCCUUGAAUUCAUCAAAACCCGAGGAGCCCUGCAAGAGGAUGAUGCUCGAAAGAAGUUCCACCAGCUCUCCUCAGCCAUCAAGUACUGCCACGACUUGGACAUUGUCCAUCGGGACCUCAAGUGCGAGAACCUUCUGCUCGACAAGGACUUGAACAUCAAGUUGUCUGACUUUGGCUUUUCCAAGCGCUGCCUGCGGGAUGAUAGUGGUCGAUUGACAUUAAGCAAGACCUUCUGUGGGUCGGCAGCUUAUGCGGCCCCUGAGGUACUUCAAGGCAUCCCCUACCAGCCCAAGGUAUAUGACAUCUGGAGCCUGGGCGUGAUCCUCUACAUCAUGGUCUGUGGCUCCAUGCCCUAUGAUGACUCCAACAUCAAAAAGAUGCUGCGCAUCCAGAAGGAGCAUCGAGUCAACUUUCCUCGCUCUAAGCACCUGACUGGUGAGUGUAAAGACCUCAUCUACAGAAUGUUACAGCCAGACGUCAAUCGGCGGCUUCACAUUGAUGAGAUCCUCAGCCAUUGCUGGGUGCAGCCCAAGGCACGAGGUCUGUCCUCUGGAGCCAUCAACAAGGGUGGGGAGAGCUCCAUGACCACUGAGUCCCCAUGGACCACUGAACCUGGCUCUGACAAGAAAUCUGCCACCAAGUUGGAGCCUCAGGAAGAGGCACGGCCUGAGGCCCAACCUGAGACUAAACCCCAGGAGGAAACAGAGCUAGUGGCAGGGCAGUCAGAGACCCUGGGCUUUAGCAGUGAGGUGAUCAGAGAGACAGAGGAAGGACACCCACAACAACCUCCAGAGACACAUAUUUAGUGAGCCUCUAGCAUCCCAGGGGGUUAGCAGGAAAUGAAGUAGAGCUCAUGGCUUGAAGCCUGAGUCUAGAAGUCAAGGGAUGAGAGAGAGAAAGAAGAGAGUCCCGGAUAAGCUGCUAUUUUUGUCAGUUUCUUCUCCCUCCCUUCGAACUUGGUAACUCACAUGGCUAAAGAAAAAAUAAAUCACUAUAUUAGUGCAGACCC